CUGAAUAUACCAUGGACUGCCAGAAGAAUGGGAAACCCUGGUGGUGUAGUGGUUAAGAGCUACAGCUGCUAACCAAAAGGUUGGCAGUUCAAAUCCACCAGGCACUCCUUGGAAACUCUAUGGGGCAGUUCUAUUCAGUCAUAUAGGGUUGCUAUGAGUCGGAAUCGCCCUGAUGGCAACGGGUUCAGUUUGGCCAGAAGAACAAACAAAUCUCUCUUGGAAGAAGUACAGCCAGAAUGCUCUUUAGAAGUCAGGUGGCAAGACUUCAUCUCACAUACUUUGGACAUGUUAUCAGGAGGGACAAGUCCCUGGAGAAGGACAUUAUACUUGGUCAUAGAACUCUGUACGUGGGGGUUCGGAUGCCCCUGGGUCGUCAGGGCCAUCGGCACCACCGAACUCAUGGCCAAAAGCACCGGAGACGAGGGCGAGCCAAAGGAGCCAGCCAGGGGGAGGAAGGCCAGGAGGCCCUGGCCCAUGACACACCAUCUCAGCGUGUUCAGUUCAUUCUUGGCACCGAGGAAGACGAAGAGCAUGUGCCUCAUGAGCUGUUCACAGAGCUGGAUGAGAUCUGUCUGAAAGAGGGAGAAGAUGCCCAGUGGAAGGAGACAGCCAGGUGGCUGAAGUUUGAAGAAGAUGUUGAGGAUGGGGGAGAACGCUGGAGCAAGCCUUAUGUGGCAACCCUUUCAUUGCACAGUCUGUUUGAGCUAAGAAGCUGCCUUAUUAACGGAACAGUCCUUCUGGAUAUGCGUGCAAACAGCAUAGAAGAAAUUUCAGACCUGAUCCUGGACCAGCAAGAAUUGUCCAGUGACCUGAAUGACAGUGUGAGGAUUAAAGUGCGGGAAGCCCUUCUGAAAAAGCAUCAUCAUCAGAAUGAAAAGAAGAGAAACAACCUCAUUCCCAUUGUUCGCUCCUUUGCUGAGUCUGGCAAGAAGCAGUCUGAUCCACAUUCAAUGGAUAAAAAUGGUCAAACGGUGUCUCCUCAGUCUGUUCCAACUACAAAUCUUGAAGUAAAAAAUGGAGUGAAUUAUGAACAUGGUCCUGUGGAUUUAAGCAAGGUGGAUCUUCAUUUCAUGAAAAAGAUUCCCACUGGGGCGGAGGCUUCAAAUGUCCUGGUUGGAGAGGUGGAUACUCUGGACCGCCCCAUCGUUGCCUUUGUGAGGCUAUCUCCAGCUGUUCUUCUCUCAGGCCUGACAGAAGUGCCGAUCCCAACAAGGUUUUUGUUUAUUUUAUUGGGUCCAGUAGGGAAGGGCCAGCAGUACCAUGAAAUUGGCAGAUCUAUGGCCACCAUCAUGACAGAUGAGAUUUUUCAUGAUGUGGCAUAUAAGGCAAAAGAGAGAGAUGACCUCCUGGCAGGGAUUGAUGAGUUCCUGGACCAGGUGACGGUGCUCCCUCCAGGAGAGUGGGACCCCACCAUUAGAAUUGAGCCACCCAAAAAUGUUCCCUCCCAGGAGAAAAGGAAAAUGCCUGGAGUUCCAAAUGGAAACAUUUGCCACAUAGAACCAGAACCACAUGGGGGCCACAGUGGGCCAGAACUUCAGCGCACUGGGCGGCUGUUUGGGGGCUUGGUGCUGGACAUCAAGCGGAAGACCCCCUGGUACUGGAGUGACUAUCGGGAUGCACUCAGCUUGCAGUGUUUGGCCUCCUUUCUGUUCCUGUACUGUGCUUGCAUGUCACCUGUCAUCACCUUUGGGGGAUUGCUGGGAGAAGCCACUGAGGGACGCAUAAGUGCAAUUGAAUCCUUGUUUGGAGCCUCCAUGACUGGGAUUGCCUAUUCCUUAUUUGCAGGGCAGGCUCUCACCAUCUUGGGAAGUACUGGGCCAGUGCUUGUGUUUGAAAAGAUUUUGUUCAAAUUCUGCAAAGACUACGCUCUUUCAUACCUCUCCCUGCGAGCUUGUAUUGGACUGUGGACCGCCUUCCUGUGUAUUGUCCUUGUGGCAACUGAUGCCAGUUCCCUUGUCUGCUACAUUACCCGCUUCACCGAAGAAGCAUUUGCUUCCCUGAUUUGCAUUAUUUUCAUCUAUGAAGCCAUAGAAAAGCUGAUUCACCUGGCAGAGACCUACCCUAUCCACAUGCACAGCCAGCUGGACCACCUUAGCCUCUAUUACUGCAGGUGUACUCUCCCAGAGAAUCCAAACAAUCACACUCUACAGUUCUGGAAGGACCAUGACAUUGUGGCAACACACAUCAGUUGGGCUAACCUGACUGUUAGUGAAUGCCAGGAGAUGCAUGGAGAGUUCAUGGGAUCUGCAUGUGGCCAUCAUGGACCCUAUACUCCUGAUGUGCUCUUUUGGUCCUGCAUUCUCUUUUUUACCACCUUCAUCCUCUCCAGCACCUUAAAGACGUUCAAGACGAGCCGCUAUUUCCCAACCAGAGUACGCUCCAUGGUGAGUGACUUUGCCGUUUUCCUCACUAUCUUGACGAUGGUGAUUAUUGAUUUUUUGAUUGGAGUCCCAUCACCAAAGCUUCAAGUUCCUAGUGUGUUCAAGCCAACAAGGGAUGAUCGGGGGUGGAUUAUUAGUCCUAUUGGCCCCAAUCCCUGGUGGACUGUGAUAGCUGCUAUUAUCCCAGCUCUUCUCUGCACAAUCUUAAUAUUUAUGGAUCAGCAGAUCACAGCUGUCAUCAUUAACAGGAAGGAACACAAGCUCAAGAAAGGCUGUGGCUACCACCUGGACCUGCUGAUGGUAGCCAUCAUGCUGGGUGUCUGCUCCAUCAUGGGUCUUCCCUGGUUCGUCGCUGCAACUGUCCUGUCCAUCACACAUGUGAAUAGCCUCAAGCUGGAAUCUGAGUGCUCUGCUCCAGGAGAACAGCCCAAGUUCUUGGGCAUCCGAGAGCAGAGAGUGACAGGCCUUAUGAUCUUUGUGCUGAUGGGUUGCUCAGUCUUCAUGACGACUGUACUAAAGUUUAUUCCGAUGCCAGUACUCUAUGGAGUUUUCCUCUAUAUGGGAGUCUCUUCACUACAGGGAAUUCAGUUCUUUGACCGUCUGAAGCUCUUUGGGAUGCCUGCGAAACACCAGCCAGACUUUAUCUACCUGCGUCAUGUACCACUACGUAAAGUGCACCUCUUCACACUGAUCCAGCUGACCUGCCUUGUCCUGCUCUGGGCCAUCAAGGCCUCUCCAGCUGCCAUUGUCUUUCCAAUGAUGGUUUUGGCCUUGGUCUUUGUCAGGAAAGUCAUGGAUCUCUGUUUCUCUAAGCGAGAGCUGAGCUGGUUAGAUGAUCUCAUGCCUGAAAGCAAAAAGAAGAAGUUGGAUGAUGCCAAAAAGAAGGCCAAGGAGGAAGAGGAGGCUGAGAAAAUGUUAGAAAUUGGGGGAGACAAGUUCCCCUUAGAGAGCAGAAAGUUAUUAAGUAGUCCUGGAAAGAACAUCAAUUUCAGAUGUGACCCCUCUGAGAUUAAUAUUUCUGAUGAAAUGCCUAAAACCACAGUCUGGAAAGCUCUCAGUAUGAAUUCUGGAAAUACAAAGGAAAAGAGUCUCUUUAACUAAGAGUCUUUGCUGGGAUGGAAGUUCUGGUUAAAGAGAAGAUGGCGACUCUCUCAGAGAAGAAGCAAGGCCAGACCUGGCCCUGUCCUUGGUCAUGUCCAAGCCAUGCUGAAACAUUCAGUUAUUCUUGGUGUGCAUCGGAGGGCAUUCAGCUAUCCCCAUACCAGCAGCCAAUCACCAGGUGUGAACGUGGAAGCAGAAGACCACCUCCUGUUGGUACUUCUCCUUCUCUUCCUCCUCUUUCUCUUUAGGACUGCCACCAUUGAAGACCCAGCUUCCCAUUUUCCAGACAUUUUCUCUGAAAUUCUCUGCCGGCAUUUCGAGCCAUAUGGAUUCAUUCCACCACUGAGGAUUCCUUUGGUGGGAUCCCUUCCUAAAAGAUGGGGUCAGGGAGUAGGAGGAGAAAGAGACAGAAAAGAGAAGGCUUUCCAGUUCUGUUAGCAUCUGAAGAAUCCUAGGUAGUUCUGGGCCUUGGUUUGAUUGCCUACACUGGGGUGAGCUGGUCAGACUGAGAGGUUGUCAGGAGGCUCAGCUACUAGGAGGGUCAGCAAUCUGAACAUCGGCAGCCUCCACCAUUGCAGCUGGGAAGAUGGCUCUGACCCAGGUUCGUCUUCGUUACUCCCCAGCAGGAGCCUGCAUAACUCUAUGAGAACCUUGGAAGAUGAAAGAGCCUAGAGGGACAUUGGAGUUGUUUGCCUUAGACGGAAAAAGGCUCAGGGGAAAAUCAAUAAUGAUAAAUGAGGAUGAGCACCUUCUCUCAGUUUUCAUUGAGGAUGGAGUAAGAGAAUGAGCUUGAAUUUCUACAGAAAGAAUUAGUAUAGGCACCAGGAAGGACUUUCUAGCCUGAAGAUUUGUGAUAGUGUCUGUUUUCUACAUACCUGGGAUAGGUUUGAUAAGAGUUGUUUGUGAGUGGAAAGGUGGGAUGAGGUGUUAUUUUGGCCAUUUUGUGGAAACUUUUGAUGUCUUUCUGCUGUCCCUGGAGGACACAUUCUGAUUCCAUUCCUUGAGAGAUCCAAGUGCUUAUGUGAUGUCUCCUUAGCUGCCUUAGUAGUGAACCAUUAUCAGCUCAAUGGACCAAAACCACCUUUGGCCAUGUGGUUUCUUCAUCAUCAUGGAUUUCUGUUGGUUGACAAAUGUUCUGGCUCUCAGAUGUAAAAACCACACUGGGAAAUGAACCGUAAGUGGUGAAAUUAAUUUUGAUAUUUAGUUUAAAACCAUAGGUUUUUCUUCUCUUCUGUGUUACAAUGGAUGGCAAGAGUUUGGGUUCCAGUACAUUUAGAUGUUCCUUUCCCUUGUGCACAGAAUGUGACUAGCAAGCACCUUGGCACCCAGGAGAUUCCAUCACAUUAGUUUUCCAUCCUGGGAAACCUUCGUACAGUGGGAAGUUCCCCAGUGUGCUUUCCUUUAAUAGGAGAAGAGUGUUGUGUCUCUGCCUCACCGUCACCCCAAACCAGUUGCUGUCAAGUCAGACUCAUGGACACCCCAUGUGUGUCACAGUAGAACUGUGCUCUGUAGGGUUUGCAGUGGCUGAUUUUUAGGAAGUAGAUUUACCAGGCCUUUCUUUCAAGGUGCCUCUGAGUAGACUCAAACCUCCAACCUUUUGGUUGGUAAAUAGCUGAGCACAUUAACCUUUUGCACCACCCAGGAACUCCACCAGCACCCCACCCAUUCCUUAUCCAUUAUUUUGUUUAUAAUCAAUUCCUCCCUUCCUUCUCUUCAGUGUCCCUUCUCUUUCACCCUUUGCAUUUGGGAAAAAGGGAAAUUUCCCUGGGUGCCUACUUUAGGGACUUUUUUGCUAUUCUCAAGUGUAGAUUUUUGUUUAGAACAGAAAAAUAACCUGGAGGUUUAGUUUUAAAAAAUUAACAUUGAAUUAAUUGAAGUUACAAACCCCCAAAACAAUGAUUUCUUAUGCUUUUAAAUUUUAACUUAUGAGUCUCAUUGUACUGUUUAGUAUUCUAGCAAAUCUUAGCACUUAAUGUCUUCAAACAGUUUAAACUGCUUUGAUAAAUCUAUUUGAUUUUCUUUUUUUUAAUCCUUAGAUUACCUGACUUAACUAAACAAAACCUUCCUGAGUACUUAAAUUCUUGUAAACCUAAUGCGCUGAACUUAUGAAAGACAGCAAAAUUUAGGUUCUCUUGAUUGUUCUAAUACUGUGUAUAAGCUUAGUAAGAUUUCGAUUUAAAAUUACAAUUAAUAAUUUUUAAAUUACAAUUGUAAAUUAAUUAUACAUUUUAAAAUUAUAAUUACAUGAUUAAUCUGACAUGCCAAAUUUCCUUAAAAGUUGUAAUUAAUAUACCAAAUAUACUCAUAUUAUUUCUAAACUUAGCACAAACAUAUUAAUACUGUAGGUUUGAUUAGCUUAGUAUCUGUAUAUAAUUCUAGAUCUACUCAGAGCUAAAGAUGCUUACCCUCAAAAAAUUUUUGAAAUUUCCUUCCCAGUAAUUUUUUUAAUGGACUUUUCAGCUUGCCAAGGUGUCUUUAUCAGACUUAUUGGCUGGCAUGUGACUGGAUCCUUGUCUGACAGUGAUAGGACGUACUGGACCCCACCUAUGUGGCUGUAUCAACCCCCUUCAAAUGGAGCAGUCAUGUCUUCUGGUUAUACAUAACUAAUUUCUCCUUCUACUCAUGGAGGAAUUCAAUCUCUACCCAGUUGGCUAUACCACUUAAUUGAAUUUUGCAUUUCUUAGACUCUUAAAAUAUAUUAAUGUAUUCUGGUCUUACUCUGAAGGCCUUUGAUGUUGAAGGAAUCUUGCAUUUCUUUCAGGUUUCCCUAUCUCAUAGGGCUCCAAUUAUUUUAAUACAGAGAUGAUUUUCAAAAUAUUUAACAACUGGUACAGGGCAGACACCAAUCACUCAGAACGGAUGCCUGCUGUAAACAAGCAGUAUGUAUGACUUUACUGGUGCCUGUUGGCUGAACAUCAUGCUGCUUCCAAGUAUUAAAAUUAUAUCCCCUUGAAUUUUGAGUAUUGCUUCAGAUAGGUCUGACCACUAGUCAAAAGGCUGUUUUAGGGACAGUCUCAGCUUCCCUUCAUAUGGUGCAGACAGGACCAGGCAUGUUUCUUUGAACUGUCUAGGCAUUAAAGUCUUUGUAAGCCAAGGUUUCACAAUUCAUCCCUUGAGGAUAAAUGUAAUAAUUGUACCCAUUUACCUACCUAAUUUUGAAAAAUGAAAAAGGCAGCCUGUCAGUAGGAAGAGCUUUCUUUUCUUGACUUUCAACUGUUCCUCUCUGGCUGCUUCCUUGAGCUUGCCUCCUUUUUUAUCAUCUUUGUUCCAGGAAAGCAUCCCUGCUUUGUUCUCCAUCUUGCCCCUCCCAUCUUUUCCUGCCACCCUUUCUGUAGGGAGGUUGGUGACUGCUUCACCUGUUUCCCUAGUCUCAGCAUGCUAUAAGGAAUGUAACAGGGAAGAGUUCAACACGCAACAACCCCAGGUAACAAUCACCCAGAAAAAUGCCCCUCCUAAGACACUGAUGUCUCAUGAUGCCUUUUAUACUCUAGGCUUUGUGAGAGAGGGAACUUGUCUUUGUUAACUCCAUGCAGUGCAGUUACAGGACCACAUGUGCACUUCUGAGUCCGUCCCAAGCCAAAUCCUCCUAGGUGACUGCGCCUCAGGCAUGAUAGCUAUUGUGAAAGGUGAUGACAACUCUCUUAGGCCACUUCAUUUUUCCCCAAUAAUAACCACUUCAUUUCUGCCAGAUCUCAGUGGUAGGAACUAUUUCCUACUCUUAACUCUGUCCUCUUUCCCAACUCCUGUCAAACACAUAACCCCAGCUUUGGCUGCCUCCUUGCUCAGGUCUGUGGAUGGUGAGCAUCAUGGCAGAGUCAGGCUAAGCAGUGUUUGGGGUAGGAAAUUGGGAGUGGAGGUGAAGAAGCCACAGUGUUUGUACAUGUGUGUGGUACGUGUGUGUGUGCAUGUGUGUUUACCAACAAAUGAGAGUGUAUCCAUAAGAUUUCAUCGCUACUGUUAAAAAGACUUUAUGCACGUAGCUGUGGGUGACUCCAAAAAUAUGUCAUUCUUUCAUCUAGGGAACUUCCAGCUCAGAUUUCUCUGGUAGAAUAGCUUGAGGACAAACAUAGGCAGAUUAAUCAAAGAAAAAAAAAAAAGAAAGAAGUAGAAAUAGGUGUUUAAAUGGAAAAUUAAGGAAAAACUGACUUAGGGGUAGAAGACAAAGUAGGUAGGUAGGUGAUUUCCAUGCCCAUAUAUGCUUGGGUCAGAGAACUGUCUGCUUCUUUUAUGAGGAGACAGUUUCAGAAAAGUUUAAGUAGGACGAUGCCCUGAUAGGCUGGUGGUGUGGAGGAGGAAGGGAGGGAGGCCAGAAAUUUAAGAAAGUGAUGCAAGUAGAAUGUUGGUUCUAAGGGGAAAGAACUGGAGCUGCUAAGUGAGUGAGUUACUUCCUUGUCCAUGACUUUUAGGGAAGGGUUGGUAUACAGAAGGUGAAGACCAGCAAAAAUACACUGUGAAAUUGUCAAAUAUGUUUGGUUGCAUAAGGUGCAGGCUGGCUCUUUGUGGCUAAAUAGCUGGUAUUUCAGGCUUCUGGUGACAGGAUUGUCAGAUCCGAUCUUUACUACAUACAGCUUCUAUCUUCAUCUCCUUAUUCAUAGAAACUUGCCUUUAGGUUAGAGGGAGAGUGAACCAUCUACUCCAAAAGACACUGUGAGUAGUGGCUGCUUCCCUUUGUUUGGGGUGUGACUGGAUUUUAAAUUAGCCAUAAAUGUUUUUCAAGGAGCGCCUGGUGGAAUCAAACUGCCCACCUUUUUGGUUAGUAGCCAGUAAGCUCUUAACCACUAUGCACCAGGAUUUCCGAUAAAAAUCUGUUAUGUGCUAAGUCCAGACUUGAUUGAUGCCUCAGGCUGUGAUGGUCAUGACCUUCAUAAGGCCCUGGUUUGGGGAAUCUGUAUUUUCUGGGUGAUCGGAAAAGACAGUCCCCAGUUCUAUUUUAUUUUCUACCCACUCAGCAAUCCAGCCUUUCUUCUUAGUAGAGGAGUCAGAAAUUUGCCCUGUAUCUUCUCUGUUGAUUUCGAUGUCCAUGUUCUGAGUCUUCCAGUUCUCCUGAAACAUAAGACAAGGCUUAGCCCCAGGGCCCCUGGAUUUCCUUUCCUAGCAUCAGAAACACUAUCCAGUUAGUUUUCGCUGCCACUUAAUCAGCUUCUCUAAAUUCCUUCCUGUGCAAGGGAGUCAGUACCCCCUUCUAGGAUUUUAAACAGCCGUCUUUGCCAAUUUGUUAGUGAAUUUUGUCCGGGUUUCUCAGGUUGCCAUGCCACAUCCUAGCAGGACAUUCAGGAACUUCAUGUGCAUUGAAUGUUUUCAGCCUUCUUGACUUUAUUUUGGUUGUACCUGUCAGGGCUCCCAUGAGGUAGAAAUCCUUUGCAGAGGCCCUGGCUGGCCAAAUGAGACAUCAUCCAAGUUCCUUUCCCUUUUAAUACCUCAGCUUUUUCAAGCACCUUUUGCUCCUCUACUUUCUGCCUUUUCCUCAGUCUUUCAAGUUCUCCUUGGAGGGGAGAAGUUAUUGGUGAGAGGUUCUAAAAACCACAACUAGUUAAGGGUGACAACAACAGUAAGAAGCUUGGAUGGCUCUGGGAUUUCUCAGAAAAGGGGCUUCCUGGUUAUUUUCCUUAUUUAGAGUGAGGAACUAAGGAUCCUCAAGCCCUCAGGCUCAUCCAUAUUUCACUGUAAACAGAAAAAGCCAAAUAGAAAUGAUUUUUUUCUACGAAAUCUGUUCUUUAUGGUUCUUGUAGUUAUAGACAAUGGGCAGUUGACUCAGCUACCAUUUCUUCACCAGAAGGGAGGGGACUUUUCAUAGCCAAAGGAGGUGUGAAGUAGCUACAUCACCGCUUGAAGUGUGAAAAGAGGGAGUAUUUCGUGAAUCUUUUCAAUAGGAAAAUUUGGAAAGUGAAAUGAUUCAUCCAUAGGCAUAAUCCUUUUAGGGAAUUCUGUGCUCAGAGGAAAUGGAAUGGUUUCUGAUCCUUCUAAAAAGAAAAGAAAUAGCAUUUUGUUAAUCUUAUUCCACUUUCAGCAUUGGAGGAUACAGAACAUUUUUUCUAGCUGAUGGCAUUAAUAUUUCCAUAGAGAGGGAAUGAGAGCCCUCCCACAACACUUUUCCAAGCCCAGCAGAAACCAGCAGAGCUUGGGCUUCUCUUAGCAGGUUUGCAAUUGACUCCAGUGUACUUGCAGAUUUUUCACAUGUGCAAUAAUGUUGGAAACAGAAGCAACAAACGGAAUGUGCAAUUACUUCUUUUGGAAAAGAGGCCAAAAUCCUCCACCCCCCUCCUUUCUCCCAUAUUCAACCUUCCAGUGUGAUAAGCCUCCCUCUUGUUUAUCAGUGUCUGUCUGUCUGUCCAUCUGACCGAUCAGAUAUUAUGGCUGCCCUUCUAAGCUAAUGAUGUCAGGUGGAGAGCAGAGUUGUCCCCACAGAAGAGGACAACUUGAGGUGCUGGUACAUUUCCCUUGUUUUCUAUGUUCUUCUUUCUAGUAGGUCUCAUGUAGAGAUGGAGAUAUUUUUGUUUUAGAGAUUCCAAAGUAUAUAUUUUUAGUGUAAGAAAUGUACCCUCUCCACACUCCAUAGUGUAAAUAGAAUCAAGACAAAUGUAUCCUUGUGAUAAUCCCAUAGCAGUCUGAGGUAGGAACAGGAGUCCUUUUGCUCAUCACGAAGUCUCCUGGUCCGUGUCUGUAAUCCAGGGCAGGUGACUGUGAUGCUGCAUCUUGUAGAACUCUGCCUGCCCCACCUUCAUGUGCUCACCUCAACAGGUGAAAAAUAAAGUCUGUAUGAACUGUU